UUGAAUCUUUCACAUGUUUUACCAAAACACAAGCAAGAUUUUGAAAUUUUGAUUACAUUCAGUCUAUUAGUUACAAGCGAUUAAUUACCAACUUUGUAUGAUCUUAUUCCUUUAAAUUAUUUAAUAAUAAAUUAAAAAGCUAGUGCCUUGAUUACACUAUAUUCGAAUAGUGUUGAUUCAUCAUGUUAACUACCGCAAGAUGUGUUGCGAAGCGAUCUAGUCUAUCAUUGCUGAAAAGAUUCAUGUGUUCACCCACUAAUUCUGUUACAUCUUCGAUUUCGAUGCCUCCUGAAAAGCCAAUCAUCGGAACAUUUGAACCAAUCAAGAAGGACAUUUAUGAGCGUUUGUUUGGUGUCAAUGGGUUUGAGCCUGUUGCAGUAGAGUUAUUUGAAGUUCUUGACGAUAAAAGUAUCAUGGUUCGUUUACCGUUCAUACAGCUUCUUGAAUACAUUGAAAAAACUGACUUUGAUCGACCUGCAAAUCGUUACAUCCUUUGGGGUCGCCAAGGAGCUGGCAAAACUUUUACUCUCAAUCAUUUAGCGUAUUGGGGCUAUCUGAAUGGAUUCUGUCUUGUUCACCUUGCUUCACCUAGAGAUUGGCUCGAUGAACCUGCUGAAAUUGAAGUUUCUGAAUCACGACCGGGUCGAUUGGAUUUCCCAUUGAAUGCUGCUCUUGCCUUAAGACAUUUUAAAAACCAAAAUAGUUUAUUCCUCUCAAAAUCUGAGUUGAAAGUGUCUCAGAAAUACACCUGGAGUCUGCGAGAAAUAACAGAACAAGGAGAACCACUAGUGAAUGUAAUUGAUCAUGGUAUCAGCAGGAUGAAACAUGCUUCAGAUUGCUAUGCCGUUCUAUUAAAAGAGUUGAAAAUAGCUGCCAACAAUAAUCUCUGUCGUUUAAUGGUCUUAGCUAAUGAUGUUAAUCUAUUCUAUAAGAAACCUCUUGUAAAACAUGCUGAUGGAAGAGUAGCCAGCGUAGAAGAAAUGACUCUAGCAAGAGCUUUCAUGAAAAUGUUUAAAAAUGAUUGGAAAAAUGGUUUAUUUGUUGGGGCUACCUAUGUUAAUCAAAGUCACUGGAAAAAUCGCUUAACACCUUAUUAUCCUAAAGCUCUUUUAACUGAUAGAGGUUGGGAAGAUUUUGAUCCAUUUAUUCCCAUAAAAGUGGAAAAUUAUUCUGACAUGGAAGCUGAUAGCUGUUUAGAUUAUUACACGGAUAAAAUGCUGUUACAAAGACCACAGAGUAAAACCCCAGAAGGUCGGGAAGAAAUCAAAGCUAUUAACGCCCGAAAUCCUUUUGAAAUGUAUAAAUUUUGCUCAAAUUUAUGAAGCAAAUAAAUAGUUAUACGAACAAAAAAGCCAAUUCUAAUCUUAACAUGGAGCUAAGCAAAGUCAAACCAUUAGCUUUACAAGUUACCUUAGCUAGAAAUGUGAUUCAAAUACAUUUUAUUAAUGUUUACUGAAAGGAGGCAAAAUUCAAUGUACCUCGAAAUCAAUGUUAACCUAAAGAAUAUUUAGGAAUAUAACAAUUGAUUAACUUUGUUGGCAAAUUUAGUGGAAAACAAAGCCAAUGACAAUUACCUGGUACCAAGAUGAUUUAAAGCGUGAAAAACAAACCAAUAGAGACAAAAAGGAAAAGCAAAUUGACACAUUAAUAAGACCAAGGAAAAGUUGAAUCAAUGGUUCCAAGUCACGUGAAAUUUUAUUGAUAAAACAGUGUUAACAUUGAUAAAUACAAUAUGGUUCAAUUUCAAAACAACAACAACAACACCAACAACAAUAAUCGCAAUAAUGUUAAUAAUAAUAUUCAAUUCGUGGAUGGAAUAAAAAUAUGAAAAGAAUAAAAAACGAAGGAAUGAAUAAGAAAAAGAAACAAAGCCAAAGGAUGGUGAUGAUGGCAAAUGCUAUUUUACCAGCAAUUUAUCAUUUCAUUGGUUUUGCAUGAUAAUAAUAAUAAAGUGUGAAAUUUUUGCCCUUAAAAGACAAGAUUCUUACAUGAUAAUGGUAAAAUAUGAGAAGUAAAAGUGUUGAACACUGAAAGCUGUGAAAGAUGGAAAAUUAUCUUCAUCAUUCUCAUCAUCUUUAAUACCUUACCUUGCUCAAUUGUUGGAUAAUAUUUGAGUCGAAUCGAGAGAAGAAGAAAAAAUUGCCUUGUUAAGUUCAUUGAGAGUAUUCAGUUGAACUGAAUAUGGAUUAACCAUUGAAAGGUUUCUCAUGUUCAAAGGCAUAAACUAGAAAAGACUGAGCAUAAAUAUCUCACUUUGUUAUCCUCUUCCAUCAUCAUCAUCUUCUUCAUUUUCAUCAGACUCAUCAUUAUCUUUCCAAGUUUACUUUGAUAUUAUGAAAAACAAAAGUUGUUGUCUUUAUUGUUGUUUUGCUUUCUCAUUGAUUAAGAGUUUAUUAUGUCCGCCGGUUAAAUGAAUUACAAACUGAAAACAUUUCUUAGACCAAUCUUUCUUAAUCAACAUGAUGAUUGAUAUUUAUUUACAUUUUUUGUCCUUUUCAAAUUAAACUCACUCUCUUAGUUAAUUAACCAUCAAUCAUAAGUGAAUUAUGGUUUAACUCAAUCAUCACCACCUAAUGUAAAGAUGAACAAAAUGAUUGAAACCAAAAUAAAUGUGAAACUUUUUUUACUUUA